GUCUUGGUCUUGGCCGAGGAGCAAGUAGGAGCAUCACCAGCAGAGAGGCAUCGACAUGGGGAGCUGUUGCGAGAGGGCGGCCCAGUUCUUUGGACCGCAGAAGAACACCAAUGUGCGAAUCAGUCUGCCGGCCGUCUGCUUCGUCUGGCAGAUCGCCAUGGUCAUUCUGUUUGGAGUUUUCAUCCGGUAUGACGAGGAGUCGGACGUCAAGCUCUGGUUAAGGUUUAAACAGGAGCACAACAUCACCAGCGACAUCGACAAUGACUUCUACUUCAGAUACCCCAGCUUCCAGGACGUCCACGUCAUGAUCUUCGUUGGGUUCGGCUUCCUCAUGACCUUCCUGAAACGCUACAGCUUCGGCGGCGUGGGCUUCAACUUCCUGAUAGCCUCCUUCGGUCUGCAGUGGGCUCUCCUCAUGCAGGGCUGGUUCCACUCCCUCGACUUGGAAACAGGAAAAAUCAGCAUCGGAGUCGAGAGUCUGAUCAAUGCAGACUUCUGCUGCGCCGGCUCCCUCAUCGCCUUCGGUGCCCUCCUGGGAAAAGUCAGCCCCGUCCAGCUCAUGGUUGUCACCUUGUUCGGCAUCACGCUGUUCGCCGUGGAGGAGUUCAUCAUCCUCAGCCUGCUUCAUUGCCGAGACGCCGGCGGCUCCAUGGUCAUUCAUGCAUUCGGAGGGUACUACGGUUUGGCCAUCUCCUGGGUGCUCUACCGACCAAACCUACACCUCAGCAAACGGCUCAACGGGUCCGUCUACCACUCUGAUGUGUUUGCCAUGAUUGGCACACUGUUCCUGUGGAUGUUCUGGCCCAGUUUCAACUCGGCCAUCACGGACCACGGCGACGGACAGCACAGAGCGGCCAUCAACACUUACAUCGCCCUCGCCUCCUGCGUCCUCACCACCGUGGCCAUCUCCAGCAUGUCUCAGAAGAAAGGAAAGCUGGACAUGGUGCACAUCCAGAACGCCACGCUGGCAGGUGGCGUUGCCAUGGGAACAGCAGCAGAGUUCAUGAUCACUCCUUACGGUUCCCUCAUCGUGGGUUUCUGCUGCGGCAUCAUCUCCACCUUUGGCUACCUGUUUGUCACGCCCUUUUUGGAGAGGGCUCUCAAGCUCCAGGACACAUGUGGAGUCCACAACCUGCACGCAGUCCCGGGGAUGCUCGGCGGCUUCAUCGGUGCCAUCGUCGCUGCAGCAGCCACUGAGGAGGUCUACGGCAGGGAGGGGCUGAUAAGAGUGUUCGACUUCACGGGCAGCUUCGCAAACAGAUCAGUAGGAACACAGGGAGGCUUCCAGGCAGCCGGCACAUGUGUGUCCAUCGCUUUUGGACUCGUCGGAGGAGUUAUCGUCGGUUUCAUCCUGAGGUUCCCCAUCUGGGGCGAUCCUGCUGAUGACAACUGCUAUGAUGAUGAAGUUUACUGGGAGGUUCCAGAGGAUGAGGAGACCCUCCCUCCUGUUCUGGAGUACAACAACCACAUGAUCCACAAGCACCAAGACAUAUCUGAGUCAAACUUCUCUGUGGAGCAGAGUUAAAGAGGGAAACCAGACCUCUCCGAUUUUGAUUUUGAGCUUGAUGCAGUAAUUUAUUAAGGAUUUUCUGCCAUUUACACCUGAUACACAUGUUUGACAUGAAGUAAUUAAAUAGGAUAAGUUAAUGUUACAGUGACGUUGCACGAAAUGAAAACCAAAAGUCUUAUUUAUGGAACAAUGACUCCUGAAGGAACCUUUGAAGUACUAAAUUAAACUCUUUCAUUCUGGAAGCAGCAUCGUACGUAUUGAUAAGCAAACGGCAGGCACUGAAUCCAACCUGUAUAACGAGAAGUCAAAGACAACAUGUUUAUCUUGUGUAAGCUGAGGUAUAACGCGCAGUAGAACAAAGAUUAUCUUCUUUUUGUAUGAGUUCAGAAACGCAUCACUGUGUACAUAGGCGGGAGCAAAACCCCACCUUCUGAGGACUUUAUAUAUAUUUACGUAGCUCUGAAUUCCUUAAUGCAAUGCCUUGUUGAUUAUAGGACUUUAUCACUGAUGAUGUUUGCUGUUCUGUUGCUUUUUAAUGAAGAUUCUGUAGAAAAAUAGCAUCUUAUGUUGUGCAGAAAUGUAGGAAUCAAAGGUAGUUGUGCUGUGGAUAAUGCAGUGUUUUAAUUGUAUAUCUUAUGUUGUUCUGUAUAGGUCUCUGUACGCUGUGCUGUAUGUACAUAUGAGCCCACCUUUUGUCGCGAACACAAUUUGUUGCAUAACUUACUUUUUCCUACGAUGGAAGUUAUUAGUAACUGUAGCAACUAUGAUACAACCUCCACAAGUUUGGUUGCUGUAGUGAUGAAUGUUGCCUCCAGUAUACUACAUAUAAAUAUAUAUAUUAAUAUAUGUGAUAUUUUUAUUAAUAGUAUUUGUUUUUGUUCUUAAAUCACAU